AUGUUGCUAUUCAGCCUUUAUUCAGAGAACAAGGGAAGCGGAAAAGAGGUGCACUUCGGAGUCAUGUCGUCUAAUGCAGGAGGUGUAGAGGCCAGGUUGGAGGCUCUUCAGAGUAAGUUAGAGGUCAUGCAUACGGAUAUCAAGAAAAUUGCUUCUCAUGGUGUUUCUUUCCACAAUGGAGAGAGCUCUUUUUUUCGUUCGACCUCCGCUCAACCAUCUUCAAACGGGAAUGCAGUUUUGCAAACACCAAAGAUUCCUAUGGGGCGUGUAUCACGUUUAUGUGCAGCAAACUUUUCUGAUACGACGGCUUCAAAUGGCACCUUAUCUCCCUCUUUCCUUCCUGUUAUCUCAGGCAGCGGCAGCGGCAGCGGAGGAGGAGGAGGAGGAGCAGGACGCGUCGGCUUUCAAGAAAAAUCAUUUUAUGUGGAGGCACCGGAUUCCCUAUGUAGCCGGCGAAAGGCAGAAGCAGCAAAGCAGAAGUUGCAGGAAUUCUUGAAACCAAUGAUAUUAACUCCCGAGAAAAAAACCGUCCCAGAGCUUCGCAGUGCCCCUUGUGCGUGGUUGCUUAGUAUUGCAAUUGCAUGCAGCUACGUUUCUGGCGAACACGUCACCAUUGAAGACAUUCUUCGACAAAAUCGUCUUGGACUUCACUACGUUUCUUUCCCUUCUGUGACGCUUGCGGAGCUUUUUGACGUCACAAGUGAAUUUCUGUCAAACCAUCCUAAGUUGCGGGAAAUGCGUGUACGCUGCGAGGUGGCAACUUUUGACACCGAGACGCGGGAUGAGCUGGGUGAUUUCAUGGGCGUGGGAGAACGCCCGCCCAUCAUGACCCUCUCUCAGUUUCGUAAAGAUCUUUCUAACAAUGAUCCACAAUCUCUAUCUAUUGUGAAUUUUGACCCCUACCAGAUUGAGCAACACGAAAUACGAAUGCGACUUAAUUACAUGGAAUUAAAUGAAGCUGAACAUCCUAUGGAAUCAGUUACUCCACGAUGGUCCACAAAUAAUCAAGGUGCAUUUGGUUUGGUUCUUAGCUUUAGCCCUGCUCUGCACUCUGUUGUCGUGGGCACACCAACCUUAUUGGAGGAUGGCCGUAUCGUGAUUGAGGAACACACCGUCCCUAUUCAAGUGCUCUAUAAGGCGUUGUGCGUUAAAGAUAAUUACUGUAAUCGUGCUCGAGGCUUUGUACGUGUCUUUCUCAGUGAUCAAUUUAUUGAGAAGGUCCCCUCUAUAUUUCCUCUAAACCUUCUUGACGGUUCGCUUGCUGGCGGUAUGCUCUUGACGGCGCUUGAUACGUCCAUUGCCCCCCAUAUUCUUGGGUUGUCACUUAUGCACCACCUUGUGACAAACGUUAUCCUUGAUGAGACGGAACGACAGCGACAGAAUGCCACAAAUUUUCAGGGUUUGGUUUUGCGAGGUAUCCCUGUGACGAUGGUUUGCCAACAACUUGGGUUAGGUAUUACAACCAUCGUUGGUGGAAGUAAAAAGGCUUCUGUUCCUUCUGCGUUUAGCUGGUAUCGCGUCCUUUUGAAGAAGUUAAAGCUUGAAAAAACCGUUGCAACUGGAGUUGUACUUGUAGAACGUCGUGGUGGAGCGGAGGAUGGACCGGUAAAUAUUGCGGAUGAUGCUUUUAUGAAGCAUAUUGAGCUUGCUGUCGAAAGUGAAAGUGUGAUGCUUAUGGGGUUUGACGUAAAUAUUGCCCUUAAUGUCAAGGUGGACAACCGACCGGAACCGUGUCAUUUUGCCAUUGUUAUUGGCAUAGAUCAACAACGUGGCAUAGUGAGGCUGGCCGAUGUGAACGUGAAAAAGUACCGUAAAACCUGGCAUUUGCCGAUCACUAGACUCUACUCCGCUGUCAUUGGCUACGGCUACAUUUUAGCAGCCAAGUCGCAGAAAAUUAUUGAUCAGUUAAACGCCGCAGGGUUUGAAAGGGCUGUCUUGAGCGGAGCUUGCUAUUCACUUCCACCGAUGCAGAGGCAGUUGCGCUUUGAGUAUCCGACAAAAAAUUACGUUGUCACCAUUCUUGCUGAUGCCUUUGAUCGUCUUGGAUUUGAGGCAGAUGUGAAGAGUGUCAUGAAUUACAGUGGAUUUCAUAUCUCUUUUAUGCUUUCAGCGCAUUUGCCACUAGAGAACGCGGCCACUGUGGCACGCAACUACUCUCACAUGCACGCACAAGACGGUGUGAGUGUCGUUACAAGACAUAUGGACAAGGGAGCACCACAUUCCACUAUUAAAGGCCUGCUUCAACAAAUUCGAUCUGCGGUACAAUCUCCAAAGUCACGUUGCCUGAUUGUAAACUUUCAGACUUCUCUUAUACAGGCUAAUAAGACAGUGUGGAAUGGUAGCAACGGUGGCUCCUAUGCGAUUGUGCUUCACUUUGAUGAGGAAAACUCUCUUGUGACACUCAGUGACACCAACCAGGAAUCCUUUUAUAGAACCUGGUUGUGUCCAUUGGAUGUGCUUUUUACCGCUCUAUCUGCUGUGGACCCGAUCUCCCUACGUGCCAGAGGCACACUCAUGCUUACCGCUUACUCGCAGAAAGAUAUGUACAUUGACUGCUAUGGUUAUGAUAUGAGUCAUUCACUCGUGCACCAUCCUUUUAAACCAAGUGUUUGGCCUGCGUUUCACUGUCUCGCCUUGGUCGCAUCUGAGAUGAGCAACGGGAGGUCGGCAGAUGGCCAGAAUGUGCUUUUUUCGGCGGAGGAUUUUCUCUACUCAAUGCCAUCUUUCUCCGUUUACACGGUGCUUGCAAAGGAAUUGGAAAGUGAGCAUAUUGUGGCUCUCGCCAACACCGCUUUUGAACGACUGGGGAUUGCGCUUGAAGCCAAGGUUGUGGAUGUCACGGCGGCAGGAUCGUUUAUAGAAGCGUGCUGUGACGAGAGGGCUAAAGGGAAGCCAGUCACCAUGACAAUGCUGGGAUACGAUACACAACCGAUUCAUCGAGUUGCAGGUUUUUCAGUCGGUGUCAUUAACCGCGUACGUGGGGGUGAAAAAGAAGGAACCGUACAACUGGUGGAGGGUAAUGGCUGUACCUUUGGGUCUGUGUGGGAACAUUCAGCGCGUGAGCUACAGCAUGCGGUGACAGCAAUGGUGAGGAUUAGGCGGCGUUGA